AUGGAAGAGGAGGUACGAUUUGACUGUCAUCCAGAGCCAGACGCUAGCGCAGAGAAAUGUAGCAGAAGGGACUGUAUUUGGAAAUCGAGUACUGCUUACGUGAGUCAUGCUGACAUGAUCACCUGGAUGAUUCUCUCCAACAAAGUGUUCUUGCAGAUAGGGGUUCCAUGGUGUUUUAUGAAACCCGGAAUUGGCUACAGAAUUUUGUCUUCCAGUGAGAGCAAGACUGAACUGGUGAAGAACAACGGGCCAAGAACUCCUUGGGGAGAGGAUAUAGGUAGAAUUACACUGACUUCAAGCUACAUCGGAAAAACUCUAAAUGUCAAGAUUGGUGUGGAAGGACGGUGA